UAGCUUUCUUCCGCCUAUUUAUUCACAGCUUCUCUUCUCUCAUUUCUCAUCGUCUUCUCUUGUAGUCUCUAGUUUCUGCUAUUAUUUUCUCCUUUGAGUCCUGAAAAAAUGUCAGAAGUUGAGUACAGAUGCUUCGUCGGUGGUUUGGCUUGGGCCACCAAUGAAAACUCUCUCCAUGAGGCGUUCUCUUCCUUCGGCGAGGUCCUCGAAUCGAAGAUCAUCAACGAUCGUGAGACCGGGAGAUCCAGAGGUUUUGGCUUCGUUACCUUCAAGGAUGAGCAAGCGAUGAAGGAUGCUAUCGAGGGGAUGAACGGCCAGUCUCUUGACGGUCGUAACAUAACUGUUAACGAGGCUCAGUCUCGUGGAAGCGGAGGCGGCGGAGGUGGUGGCGGUUUCCGUGGUGGACGUCGUGAGGGAGGCGGCGGCGGUGGUUACGGCGGCCGCAGGGAUGGUGGUGGUUAUGGUGGAGGUGGCGGCGGCUACGGCGGCGGUCGCAGGGAUGGUGGUUAUGGCGGUGGUGGCUACGGCGGUGGUGACCGCUACUCUAGGGGAGGCGAUGAUGGAAGCUGGAGGAGUUAAAUCUAGCUUUUAUUGUUGCGUGAUUGAUGUUUUUGCCCAUGGAUCUGUUAGAUGUUAGAUCUUGUUAGGGUCCUGCUAUGGUGUUUGGUGUUACUUUAAGUCUGCGUGAUUGGUUGUCCGUUUUGGUUAUUUGUGGUUCGCUUUGCUUGUAAAUCUGUAUUUACAAAGUUCUCGAGGAAUGAUGUAAACGAUGAUUUGCAUUUUUUUGCGUCUCUGUUUAAUUA